ACCCUGGCGAUGUAUUAUUAUUACAAAGACAUCAACUUUCUCACUUUGACCCUUUCCUUCUUCACGACACUCGCUCAACCCCAAGCUCUCCCAUUUUACAAUAAUCUUAGUUUAAUGUAUCAUCUCGCGAAAGGCCUCUACUUUCAUGUUACCAGCAAAGAGGAGUACUCUGUUCUGUAAGAUCCCCCACCUUUGGCGCUUGGAUGCCCCACCACUAAACAACCAACCACCUGUCGCGUUCCCGCUGACGACUCUCAACUAGCCUCCUAGGACUGGACAAUGCUGGGAAAACGGUAUCUCGCAUUUCGCACUCCUCUAAACCCCUCCAGAAGCUCCCGAGCACACUCGCUGACCUCGCGUAGACCCUUCUCGAGAAGGUAAAAUCAAUAUACCUACCAAACGCACCACCCCCGCCAAAAGAGGGCGGAACGAUUCCCACGGUUGGGCAAAAUGUUUCCGUGAUCCCACUAACCUCUCCAACUAUCUACCUCAAGCUCUGGGAUAUCGGUGGUCAAUCCGCCCUACGCUCCCUCUGGAAAAGCUACUUCUCAUCCGCUCAUGCAAUUGUUUUUGUCAUUGACAGCACGGACGUCCCGCGCAUAGGAAAUGAGGUUAUCGAAGUACUGAAGGAGGUCGUUGAGCAUGAAGAGACAGAGGGCGUACCAGUGCUGGUAUUGGCCAACAAGCAGGACCGCGAGGAGAGCUUGGAGAUAGCACAACUGAAAGAGGUUGUGAAUCCUAUUGUGGUCAAGUUGGGGGCUAGGGAUAGCCGUGUUCUGCCUGUUUCCGCUCUGGAGGGGUGAGGGUUAAAUUGUUCCAACAGAUUUGUUUGCAUCUGCUGACUCACCGCAGAACUGGUGUUAAGGAGGCCGUGGAAUGGUUGAAGACGAGAGUUAUGUGGAAUAAGGAAUCCCGACCUCCUACUAUGCGCUGAUAUCGAAGCACACCUUCUGCGUGGAGCGCGGAUCGUGUUCUAUUCUUUCUGAAACCUACUUUUUCCCGGGUAGGUCUUAUAUGGUUGGGAAGAGGAGUAUUAAUUGUUUUAUCCUCCGUUCAUGGCGCUGAUAGGAAUUUGAUUUGCUUCUGCUACACUCGCGCAUUUGGUCUUUAGCUGAAGAGCUCUCGGGAGCGAGGAUGCUGUCUGUCACUACCUAAGUGUAUACUAUACCAACAAGCGCAAUCUGUGGCAAUGUAUCGUUUAGAGUGCAAUGAGCGACAGGGUCUGUUCCUCUGUAUCAACUGCUGGCUUUCACUCGGGAACAGUGUUCGGCAGAUAGCAAAGAUCGAUCUUGAGCUAGAAUUGAUGGGCUGGGCACUACGUGCAAGAGGCAUUAUCCCUUGAUCUCCCCUCUGCGCCCUAUAUCUAGUGCACCCGCCUCCUCUUUAAGAUACUAGGAGGUAGAUCUACAACAUAUUUAACGCAAUACCACUUACACACCGCCUAUAAACCUGGUGAAGGGAUUUUCUGAUCAAGCCACCCAUGAUUGUGCAAAAACAACUUCCUUCGGAGCAGCAGAAAUAGUGAGUUAUGGAGACACACCUUGGUUGUUUUAUUGGCCUGGCUUUGACAAGAACAUACCGGAGGCAAAACGGGAGCAUACGGGCGGGUGAAACCGGAUGCGAAAACACUUCACUAGAGAGGGUAUUGUACUGGAUGAGGGUUCAUUCAAUCAAGUUGGUGGAAGUCACCCUAUCGCCCAGAGCUUAGCCAAGUAUCAUAUACCCUUCUCUCUCUUCGGGUCAAUACUAAGCAGAAUGAUCUUUCGCCGACAGGGCUCGUCAUUAGAAACACUCACCUAUUCCUUCCCUACUCGGGACUUAUUUUCGACAGCCUCAGUGAAUACGAAAAACCAGCCAACAACCAGCUUGAGGAACGAGACUUAUCAUACUUCAUGCUAAGUAUUUCACCCCUGCCUGUCCAUUUCUUCGGCCCUUAUCUAUCCUUAUUUCACCUCCCUGCCCCUGCGUAUCUGACUUCAUCCACCCUUACCGCUUCCUUUGAGUUGUUUC